GAGUAGUGCUAGUAGUCCUAUAUAAGAUCUGCCCCCUCCUGCAUCAUGAACAAAAUCUUCGAUCCCACCAACAUAAGCCUUCCCUCAUUCAUUCAUUCAUUCAGCUGUAGAACUCUGAUCAUCGACCAGCAGCGGGAUUCUCCUCGUCUGAUUUGUUCAUCCGACACCCGCUCGAUCCGCAGCAGCAGGUGAUCCGGCUACCAUGGAGGCAGCGGUGGCUCGCGCCGACACAGCAGCAUUCUUCUCGGGCCAGGAGGACGCGGCCGAGGGGAGCAUGUCCAGCCUGCCGGCUCGGGUCGCCGGCUCGAUCGUCCGCGGCGUCAUCACCUUCAUCUUCGCCACAGUGGGCACGAUUCUGGGAGCCAUCACGGGCGGGAUGAUCGGGCUGGCGACGGAGAGCGGCCUCGUCCGCGGCGCGGGCAUCGGCGCCAUCUCCGGCGCCGUGGUGGCCAUGGAGGUUGUCGACAGGUCCAUGGCCAUGUGGCGCUCCGACGAGUGCGGCAUCUGGAGCGUCCUAUACGUGCUUGACGUGAUCUGGAGCCUCCUGACGGGCCGCCUGGUGCGCGAGAAGGUGGACCCCGCAGUGCAGAACGCCGUCGACAGCCAGAUGAACGCCGCGGGCGACGGGUUCAGCGACGGCCCGCCGACGCUCUCCGAGAUGUUUGACAUGGGCUCCGCCUCCUUCAAAGGCAUGGCUGCAGACGCCAUCGCCGAGCUCCCCGCGACGACCAUCACAGAGCAGCAGGCCGCCGUGCAGGACGGCGGCUGCUCCGUGUGCCUCCAGGAGUUCGAGGCCGGCGAGGCGGCGCGGAGCCUGCCGGAGUGCCGCCACACGUUCCACAUGUCGUGCAUAGACGGGUGGCUGUGCCGGCAUGCGUCGUGCCCGCUGUGCCGCCGCGCCGUCUAGGCUUGGCGUGCCCGGCUCGUUAGGAUCGAUGUGUGCAUAGCCAGCGUAUAUACACACGUGUUACGCGCGCGUGUGGGUGUGGCGCUAGCACGUACGGCACGCGCACGCACAUACGGGAAGUUCGUCAAUUUGUUAGUUCGUUGGGUUGAGACUGACAUGACAUGACACUUAUGCCGACAAGUUCUUUCGUGACUUGUUCGUUGCCUUCAUUUCUGCGGAAUUAUGAUUGUAUUGCUAUACCACACGCGCGGCUGGUUGUGAAUAUCUGUAUAGAAAAUCAUUAGCGUUCAGAUUAUUA